AUGCAGGCAGCUCAAGCCAUUCAAGCAGUGUACCAGGCACAGCCAGCAGUUCAGGCUCAAGCAGCCCUUCAAGCAGCUGUCCAGUCACAGGCUGCGCUGCAGUCUACACCAGCUCUACAGACUCCAACAGCCCUGGUGUCAAAUACACUUUCAAAAGCAGAACCUCAGACACAGUUCACUGUCCAGCCAGCAAGCUUUACCUUCAACCCAGCCAUAAUUAGUGCUGCAACUCUAGGGGGUCAACCACAGUUGCUGAGCUCACUUGCUGCAACCCCUUUUAUUGCCAAUGCUAUUCCUGGAGUACAGGGCAUCACAAGUCAGAUAAUAACCAAUCCACAGGGUCAGGUGAUUGGCACUCUACCAUGGUUGCUGAACACUCCAGGAAUCACAGCAGGGGCUGCGGCUGCUGCUGUCACGGCUCCAAGUGUGGUCCAGGCAGUGACACCUCAGCUUCUGCUGAAUGCCCAAGGACAAAUUAUUGCCACUCUGGCUAGCAGUACCAUCCAGCCAACAGCUAUAAGAAAGCAAGCUUCACAGGACAGUCCAGUUAAGACGGAUCAGCAGCCAAUGCAGCAAAUCCAGCCUGCUCCUUCUAUCACACAGCCGUCAGUGGUUGUAGCAAAUCCAACUCCAGCCAAUACAUCAGCAACUCCUCAAGUCCAUGUCAGCUCUUCUGAGCCCCCAACAGUAGGCCAGCUGGUGUCAAAGCCACACUCUGGAGGUUAUGAUGAAGAUGGUAUAAAAUCUAGAAGAGAUACGUGAAUUUGCCAAGGACUUUAAAAUUCGCCGCUUAUCUCUUGGUCUGACUCAGACACAGGUGGGCCAAGCAUUGACUGCCACAGAAGGACCUGCGUAUAGCCAGUCUGCCAUCUGUAGGUUUGAGAAGUUAGAUAUAACACCAAAAAGUGCCCAGAAGUUGAAACCAGUUUUGGAGAAAUGGCUGAAUGAAGCAGAAAUGAGGAACCAAGAAGGACAACAAAAUUUGAUGGAGUUUGUGGGUGGUGAGCCAUCCAAAAAACGUAAGAGGCGUACCUCUUUCACCCCACAGGCUGUGGAAGCCCUAAAUACAUACUUUGAGAAGAAUGCCUUGCCCACUGGACAAGAAAUAACAGAUAUUGCUAAGGAACUCAACUAUGAUCGUGAGGGUGGUGAGGGUGUGGUUCUGCAACCGACGCCAGACUCUGAAAAACACCAGCAAGCUUAAUGUCUUUCAGAUCCCUUAG